AUGAUGUUGGCUAAUGUGUAUCUACAAGACAAGUUCUGUGCAGGUUUUCAGACAACAUCCCAUUGCGAAGGCAUUAACGCAUACGUGAAGAAUUUUCUGAAGUCUAGGCACAGUCUCCUUGAUAUGGUUCAAAAUUUGGAGUUAGUCGUACGAGAGUAUCGAAAUAAUGAAUUACUUGCACAAUUUAGAUCACUUCAUGGGAUGCCGGUUAUGACAACUUGUUUGGAUCCUCUUGAAAAGCAUGCUGUAGAUGUAUACACAUGGGAGAUAUUCGUUGAUGCGAAAAAGGAAAUAGUUGGUGUCGGUGCAGUUAAUUUUUUAGCCAAGAUUAUACAUUCAACUACAAUGGUGUACACAUUGGAGGAAUACAGCGACUCAGGUAGAGAGAUGAUGGUGUUGUACGAUAGGGUUUCAAGGAAAAUGGAGUGCCGAUGCAAUUUUUGGAGCCAAAAGGGAAUUCCUUGUCGUCACAUAUUUUUUGUAAUGAAGCAUGAUCAUUUGACUCAAAUUCCUGAAAGGCUGGUUUUGAAGAGGUGGCACAAGGAUGCAAAGUCGUUGGAUAAAUAUGCCGAGAUAACGGAAGUUGGUAGUGAAAGAGGUUUCUUGCUUGGUGCACUUCAUGAAUUGGAUAGAGGCCAUGAAAAUGUCCGUCAGAAGAAAGCACACGAUACGGUUGAUUUACAUGACCCUGAUGUGGUGAAGACCAAGGGUGCCCCUUGUGUUAGGAGGCAGGGCGAACGGAAGAGGCGCUGCAUCUGUUGCCGAAAAAUAGGGCACACAAAAUGGCAUUGCAAUGCGGACUGUGCUUUUGUUUCAAAAGCUGAAGACAACAAAGAUUUUGAGACAACAAAUUUAGGGUCGGAGGGGUCAUCACCAACGGAAAGGGUCUGA